GAGAAGAGAAGCGAAGAGAAAAAGUUAAAAGUGAGGAGGAAGAAGUUUUGAGGAGGAACAGAGUUCGUCCCUCGGUGAAGAGAAAAAGGGAAAAAAGUAAAAAAAAAAGGGCAUCGUCGAUAUUCGCACGGGGCGAUAAAAACGGCGAUCAAAUACCACCGAGUGUUCACCAAUGAGCGUGGCGUACGGUGGUUGCAGGCGAGGACAAAACCGUGGAACACGCACGAGGAACAGAGGGUGCUGCACUUUGGCGACCGGGGUCCCCCACAGUCCCGAAUUCUCACCGACGCCACCUGACUUCAUCACCUCGCGCGAGACCGACCCGCAUUACCUUCGCAACGUAAUCCUCAAUCAUGGGGCUCGACUUCUUGGCAGACGGAGGUGCCGAUUUCGAGCAUGCAAUCACCGUAACAGGAUUCGGGAAGUUUCAUUACAUGCUGCUGACAAUUUGCGGUUUAAUUUAUAUGGACACCGCCAUUGGAGUCACGAUACUUUCGUUCGUGUUACCAGCAGCACAAUGCGAUCUGGAAAUGGAUUCCACCGCGAAGGGCUGGCUGACAGCGUCUCCAAUGCUGGGGAUGGUGAUUGGUUCUUACAUAUGGGGGUGCCUGGCUGAUACCAAAGGAAGAAAAGUCGUGUUAAUCGCUACUUUAUUAAUGGACGGCCUCGUGGGCGUCGUUUCCUCAUUUGUCCAAUAUUUCUCGAUCUUCCUGGUGUUCCGUUUCUUGAACGGAUUUGCCGUUACGGGAGCUAUGGGAAUUUGUUUUCCGUAUUUAGGGGAAUUUCAGCCGACAAAGUAUCGCGAGAGAUGCCUUUGUUGGAUGGAAAUGUUCUGGACAGUCGGAGUCAUAGUGUUGCCACUGAUCGCAUGGCUGAUCAUACCGAUGAAUUUCAUGUACGUCUCGGACACGUUUUACUUCAAGUCGUGGAAUCUCUUCGUGGCGCUGUGCGCCCUACCCUCGAUAAUGUUGGGUCUGUGGCUGUUCGCGUUCCCAGAGAGUCCGAAAUUUCUCUUGGAAUGCGGGGAAACGGAGGCCGCCCUCGAGGUAUUUAAAUGGAUCUACGCGCAGAACACUGGCCAAGACCCCGACUCUUACCCGGUGAAGACGCUGCAAGAGAAAACGAAAGACAAGAGCACGAGGUCGUUGAAGUUGCACAAACGAAAGGAUCUAAAGGUACUUUUGAAGGAGGUACGAGAUCUAACGACCGCUCUCUGCAAAUCACCGUACCUAAGAAACACACUGCUCGCUUGCGGAAUUCAAUUUGGUCUUACCAGCAGUUAUUACACACUCAUGGUUUGGUUUCCAGAAUUAUUCACCAGGUACGUACACACAUAUGUACGUACUUUCAGCACGACUGCUUUUCAUUCGCUCCUUUUCAUUCAGAAGAUAUACACGGAGAAAAUAAAUUUCACGGUUUGGAUAAAGGAGAUUAAAUUUUCUUUGGAAUUUUGAUUAUUACCUAAAUCA